AUGUCGCUCACGGCCGAGCCAAAGUCAAAGGGGCGGGAUCCUCCGCCUCUCUCGUUCGCUUCUCCGUCGCCCGGCAUUUCCCGUGUCUCGCUCCCUGGCGCCCUCACCUCCAGCGCUCCGGCCCUUGGGAGGCACAAUUUGAAAUGGGAUCAGGGCAGUGCAGACGCUGGCGGCGCGCAAUCGCGCUCCGGGUCAGAGAUGCCAUCCGAACGGCGCCCCGAGUGGGCCUUGCCGACCAAGGGGAGCUAUGGAGGCACCGACAGGACAGAUGCGCUGUGGGCAGAGAUGCAAGCGACGCUGGAGAAGGUGGAACUGUCUGCCUCUGAAGGGACUCAUGUGUUUGGGCCUGACCACGACCGCAAACUGGCGGAGCUGAGGACCGCUCAGAUCGUACUUGCACAAGCCUGGGCCAGGAGUGAGGCGGACGAUACUAUAGAGACUGCUCUUCGUGACCACAUGAAUGAACUCAAAGCCGAUGAAGCGCCCAAUCUCCGAGACGGGCUGCUGGACUCGUCAAGGCCAGAGAGGGGAGAAGGGACCGAUGCGGCCAAGAGCAUGAUGGGCACAUCGAGUGGAUGGCAAGGAAGUGAUGACAAGAGAGUUGAUCGCCUGGGCGCAAAGUUGGUGGAAGAGACCGAGGCCGACAUCCUUCUUGCGAGAAAGCGUCGCGAGGCCAAUGAUGAAUAUUUUGAGCGCGUCAACGACGGAGUCAUUGACGUUAUUGCCAAGCUUGAAUCAGUAGCAGUGGCCAUGCGCGCGGUAGAGGAAGAAACCAAGGACUUGUGGAAUGACGCAUAA